AAAUCUGACCAUGCCUUUGCAGUAUCUCCACAGGACGUUUAUUGUCGGUUUGGCUACAUACGAGAGCGAUCUAGCUGAUGCUUAAUAGGUUUGUCUACAAAUAAUAGCACGUCUAUUGAGAACCGAAAGUGGACCUUUGCCCGUUGUGUGUGUGUGUGUGUGUGUGUGUGGGGGGGUUAUUUCGUGGAUUUUGUGGAUCCAGCACAUUCAACUCAAGUUUGGGAUCGAUUCGAUCAGAGUCGAAAUCGUGGCCCAUCACUGAGAUUUCAUUGAGAUGGUUAGUUUUACAAAGACGUAAAACUAACCAUAGUUUUAUUCCCAAAAGAUGGGUUCUCUAAAAUUUUUUAAAAAGAAACAGGACUUAAAUAUGUCGAGGUCGAUAAGUUCCGUCUCCUCUUAUAGACUGGAGCAAAAACCAGCGCUAGUUCGAUAUUCACUAACCGUCCGCCAUGAAAUUACUGGAAAGCCGCCAUACUUGGUCUAAAUGAGGCCGAGAUGUAUCGCUUGCUAUUUCUACCUUCUAAACCGUUAAAGGAUCCGGGAAUCUCAAAUACGAGCGGCGUUGCAAACUCCUUAACCGUCCAGCGAGUCAGCGAGAAGUAUUGGCGUCACUUUAUGGACUGAUUACUUUACCCUUUUAGGAAAAAGUGUCCAGUGAGUUUAUAUUCGCUGGAAUAAUCAGUCAGGCAAUGCUUUGAUAAACCACAUUAUUGCCAAUGUUACUGAGCAAAGGAAGAUGAAUGUUGCGGCGGAUGCUUCUUGGACGAAAGCUUCUAUCAACAUGGGGCCACCUGUCGAAGAGGCUUUUAUAGGACGAUUUUAAAGAAUGCAAUUCAACAUGGCGUCGAACAAUGCCAAUGUUAAUGUCGCGAAUAUAAUUGAUGGAGAAUUCCGGGAGCUAAAUCCCACAUCUACAAAUUUUCGUAAAAAUCAAAUUAUGAAUUAUUCUAAAGAAAACAAAACAAAAAAUAUCUGGUUGUUUAAUUAACGUGCGUAACGAGUGUUUUUCCGGGGUUUUAGAGUGACGAGAGAAGAGUCUGACCGCCCAAAGAAGGAUACUUUUUAUAAGUUAUGCUUGUGUUAUGCACGUCUUUCAUGUUUCAAAGUGCUCCUGCAGUCCAUGUGCCAAGAACACGAAAUUUAUGCCGGCUUUGUAAGCAACUCCAGCGAUCAUCUCACGUGUGUCCCUAAUGGUAAGCAUCACUCUAUCACGUGAAUAUCAAGUGCUAACGCGAGGCGCAUGCCAAGGGGUCUUCCUACUGAGCACAAAUGUAUCUGCAAGAAAGGCUUCGUAAAGCUACUCCCGCGAUCACCUCACGUGUAUUCCUAAUGGUAAGCAUCACUCUAUCACGUGAAUAUCACGUGCUAACUCGAGGCGCAUGCCGGGAGGUCUUCCUACUGAGUACAAAUUUAUCUGUAAGAAAGGCUUUGUAAAGCUACUCCCGCGAUCACCUCACGUGUAUUCCUAAUGGUAAGCAUUAUUCUAUCACGUGAACACCAACGAUCCUCUGAUUGGUGAACAUUUAGUAAACCUGCACAAACAAUGAGUUUUCGGUCCUUUAAUUCAAACUUCUGUAGUCUCUGUCUUGCCUCUAACGAUAAUAUACGGUAGUUAUUUAAGGCUAUUUAAACAUGACGCUUACUUGAAUGGAAGGUAACAUUCAAUACAAGGGCAUACUACGAGCCCCCCUUUCCGAAUAUGUUCUCAUGCCGAAAGUAUCAAUUUUAAAAGUUGCUGGGAAAAAUUAUCUGCAGUACCUUUUUUCCAGGAGAGACGAUUCCUUUUUUAUCCCAGCCAGCAGUGGUUACGCAUUUUAACACAUGAAUAAUUGCCCGUAUAACCGAUCGGGACGAUUUUUGUCCCAAGCAUCCGCUCCAGUGCCCAAAAAAUAUUACCAGCACAACUAGUUCGACUCCACAAAUUUGCCAGCAGAACCACUCGGGACGGUCAUUUUCCCAGCAACCGAGGGUUUUAACAUCUUCCCAACCAACAAAAAAAGGGGCUGCGGAACAGACCCGUUUUUGCCCUUGAACAUAACACAUUAAGUCAUAGAUUAUUGGGAGCAGAUAUUUUGCAAUCGGGGUAAAAGGAAUUCGAAAUAGAAAUGAAGCACAGAUUGCGGGAUUAAUGGAAAAAUGAUCCUGGAUAACGGCAUUUAGAUGGACCAUUAAAAACUAAAUUGGAAACGCGCUAUUCACUAUUUAGUGUGCAGAACAAAGUGUUAUUAAUUAUGCAAGACUUUAAAUUCCAUUAGAAUUUUUGACAUUCCUGCACGGAGCAAUACAAAAGAUUUCAAAACAGUUGGUGAAGUGCCAGCUCUGAGUAUGGCUUCUUUGCAUUUGGACAUUCUCGUUAUGAUACUGAUAUUCCCCUUACAGGUUAUUGGCAAUCAAGGACGCAAGUGUCGAAUUUUGCCUCUCACUAAAAACCAGACAGGAAAAGCCUUGUCAAACCAUGUUUUCGACAAUCUCACCGCAAGUGAUGAAAAAAAUUGUGGAUUAAAGUGCUUCUUGGAUGAACGCUGUGCUUCUAUAAACAUCGGGCCACCUGUCAAAGAUGGUUUUAUCUGUGAGCUGAGCUCCUCGGAUCACAUCCAAGACCCAGAAAGUUUGGUUCCCAAGGACGGCUACACUUAUAAAGGGACAGAGAAUGGCUGCUCAAGCAAUCCGUGCGGAAACAACGAGAUAUGCAUGCCUGGAGGUCUUCCUACUGAGUACAAAUGUAUCUGCAAGAAAGGCUUCGUAAGCCACUCAAGCGAUCGCCUCACGUGUGUCUCUAAUGGAUUUACAGCAUCCGACUGUCAAGAUCUUCAUUCGAAAUUCCCCUCGUUUCCAAGCGCCAUGUACAAACUGUUCCCUGACAGCAGUAACCAUGACAACUGGAUCGAGGCGUACUGUGAUAUGACGUCAGGAGGUGGUGGCUGGACAAUGUGCUACACAAGUGACGAUAAGGCGGACCCAAGACAGGAAGUGACGUAUGACCCAGCACACCCGUACGGCACGGAUGGGUACCGAACCAACUGUAACCCAUUCGAGUUCAACGAAGUCAUCUUCGUCCACGGCCAACAGUUUGCUUGGUUCCGACGGCAAGGUGGCCAGGCCUUGAACCUUGGUUCAAGUUAUAGAAACUCCGCGUCUGACAAUGGGUUAUGGGACGGGCAUGGCGUAGCCUCGACUUCCUACUCGUACCAGCUGCUCGUCUGUGAUGCAGACCUUGUCGAAGGGUUGUUUGUCAGUGGGUUUGCAAACAGUUGUUAUAAAAGGUGUGGUAGCUGGUGUGCUGAUUCUUACAGUGACUACUACCGCAUGUCUGCCACUCAUCCAUCAUUUAGAGGUGUUGCCUUCAAAGAAAACGGCCAUGUCUCCGUCACUUAUAAGCUCGUUAGCGUAGGGAUAAGGAAAAGGAAAUAAAGCAAACGAAGAACACGCAUAAGUGGGCAUUGGAAAAGCGAAGGAAAAUAUUACCCCCACCCCUACAUGACAGUGUUUGUAUGGAAAAUACAAGUCAUUGCGAAUAACAAUACUCGAGUCAAUGGUCGUGGUGUUUGUGUUAAGACAAGAGAUUAAUAUUUACUCGCCGCGAUUUUUUUUGUUAUCAGAAUAAAUGUAGCUACAGCGAUUAUUGGGGCGCCCUUUUUUUGGAGAGCGGCUUUAAUUGAUUCAAAUUGAUUUUGAGCCCCAUUAGAGAGGUAAUUUUUUAAGACUUUUAUGUCUUUAAGAGUGACCGUCUCAGACGAAGAAUUUUUUUGUUCAGAACAAAAAUACCUUUUUCCAGGAGAUAGCCCUUGAUGACCUUAGUAUUCUGUGAAAGUUUGAAACGAAUCGUAUAAAUAUUUUUGGCUUGAGAGGGGAAAAUGUAUUUUUCGAAUAUAUUUAGCGAUUUUUCGGUAUUUUUGACUUGAACAGAAAAUGUCUAAAAAAACAAACAAAAUUAAGCCGGGCAGCAAAAAUCUAACUUGAUUAAUAGAAAUUAUAUAAUUGUACAUAUUUGGAUUAGGUCGUUGGUAGUUUUAGUAUUUUUCUUAAUUUUUAACAGAUUUUUCAAUUAUUUUAUGUUUUUCGUACUCCGUGAAUAAGCCCGGAAAACGAGGCCUAUAUCUUUCAUGGGACGUGACGUGCACAAUUCUUUUCACUCUAGGUAUACAGCACUUAUUGUACCUCCAAUAUAUCAAAUAAAAUUUUGUGGCAAUUAAAAA